AUGAGCCUGGUGGGGAGUUUCCAACAUCCCGCUUUAAUGCACGAAGCGUUUCCAUUCGGCCCCAACAAUCGCUGUCACCAGGAUCAUCCUUUCUUCCAGAGCUGGGUGCUCAACCAGGCGGAGAUGUCUCCCGAAUACUCCACACAGCCCUCCUACAGCACCGAGAUUGGGAUUAACGGGAUGGGUGCGGAGCCGGGCCGCUUUGAAGGGGUCCCGGAGCGGGCGGCGGCGAGGCGCCGAGCGGUCUCGGUCCCGAAGAAGGAGAGACGCCGGACCGAGAGCAUCAACAGCGCGUUCGCCGAGCUCCGCGAGUGCAUUCCCAAUGUACCGGCGGACACCAAACUGUCGAAAAUCAAAACUCUGCGGCUGGCCACCAGUUAUAUCGCCUAUCUGAUGGACACCCUGUCCAAGGACAGUCAGGUCGGGGAGGCGGAGGCUUUCAAAGCAGACUUGAAGAAAACGGACAGCAAGGAAACGAAACGCAAAAGGGAAACGAAUGAACCUGUAAACGGCUCGAGCAGAAGCAGCGACAAGAAGGUGAAAGGACGGACGGGUUGGCCGCAGCAAGUCUGGGCUCUCGAGCUGAACCAGUGACUGCAGUGAACUUGCAAAUUUGCACAGUUUUUGUUCCAAUUUGAAGGCGGCAAAGUGGUUCCAGGAUUGACCCUCC